GGCUAUGGGAACUUUCAACACCAGUUUUGGAGAGGGCUUCAUUUUGGUGGGCUUCUCAGAUUGGCCUCAACUGGAACUCAUUCUUUUUAUUUAUAUUUCACUUUUCUACUCCUUAACCCUUUUUGGCAACACCACCAUCAUCAUUCUCUCACGACUGGAUCCUCGACUGCACACGCCCAUGUACUUCUUCCUCUGCCACCUCUCCUUCCUGGACCUCUGCUAUACCACCAGCACUGUGCCCCAGCUGCUGAUCAAUCUUUCUGGACUGGACAGGACCAUCAGCUAUGGAGGGUGUGUGGCUCAGCUCUUCAUCUACCUCUCUCUGGGUGGAACUGAGUGUGUGCUCCUGGUGGUGAUGGCCUUUGACCGCUAUGCUGCUGUGUGUCGUCCACUCCACUACACAACCAUCAUGAACCCCCUUCUCUGCCGGUUCCUGGCUAUUGCUGCCUGGGUGGGAGGCCUCACGAACUCUCUGAUUCAGACAAGCCUCAUGAUGGCCAUGCCUCUCUGUGGCCUCCAUUAUCUGAACCAUUUCUUCUGUGAGAUGCUUGUUCUCCAGAAGUUGGCUUGUGAGGACACAGGAGGCACAGAGGCCAAGAUGUUUGUGGCCCGAGUCAUAAUCAUUGUUGUUCCUGCAGCACUGAUUCUAGGCUCCUAUGCACACAUUGCUCAGGCCGUGCUGAGGAUCAAGUCAAUGUCUGGACGCAGAAAGGCUUUUGGGACAUGUGGGUCCCAUCUCUUUGUGGUUUGUCUGUUUUAUGGCUCAGGCAUGUACACCUACCUUCAACCUCUGGGCAGUUACUCUGAGAGUAAGGGAAAGUUUGUUGCCCUUUUUUAUACUGUAAUCAUCCCCAUGCUCAAUCCUCUGAUCUAUACCCUAAGGAACAAGGAUGUGAAGGGAGCUCUGUGGAAGGUAUUGGGGAGAGGUAGAAGCUCAGGAUAAAAGAAAAAAAGGGAGUUAGUAGUAACAUUUCUUGUCACCAGCUCUCUGACUAUGGCCCAUCCUCUUCCUAUGGUGGUCAUUAAAAAACUUGGCAAUAUGGAGCAAGAUACCUAAUAGACCAAAGAAAAGAACAAAAAAGACCAACAGAGAAAAGCAAUGGUACAUUUUUGCAUGUUAGAUUUUUUUUGGGUAGUGUGAGGUACCAGGAAUUGAACUCAGGGGCUUUCGGCUACUGAGCCACACCCCGAGCCCUAUUUUGUAUUUUACUUAGAGACAGGGUCUCACUGCAUUGCUUAGUGUAUAGAAAACAGUUUUCAGUUGGCCCCAGGGUUUUACUGUUUUCCUUGUUUGGAAGUUUGAAGGGGAGAUCUCUUGAGAUGUUUACUUGCUAUGAUCACUGUGCAGUGGGGAGUAAGUGCUGAUUUGUAUCUCCACUUUCUAAGGGAAUGAGAUGGGAAUAGGGUGCAUUGUGACCACUUAUGCAGAAUGAGGUUGGGUUCUUGGCAUGUCUGAGAGUCAGGAAAGGAUCAGUUCAGAAUGACCACAUUGUUCCAGUGGAUACCAAUGUGGUGGUACAGAGAUCGAAAUAUGAUAAAGGAAGAGGACAUUAGUUGUUUUAGUUAGAAUUAUUGCUGCUGUGACUAAAAGGAUCUGACAAGAACAAGUUUAGGGGAGGAAAAGUUUAUUUAGGGGCUCACUGUUUUAGAGGUCUCAAUCC